AUUCUCCAUUCAUCUGGAAAUUAUAAAGAUAGUAAUAAUAUGGUUAAUUAAAGUUAGUAAUUUAUCCUAUAUUAAACAAGUUUCAAACAAUUAAACGCAUAUUUUAUGGUGUUACUUUUUAUCUGAUGCAUAAACUGUUCUAAUAUCUACCUAGUUUUUAUUUUUUUGUGUUUUACUAUGUUAUUUUCAUCACUCUCUUAGUUAUAUAAGUGUCAACGCCUUAAUUUUCUCAAAUAUUUUAUUCGUUAUGGCCGAUAACUUGGAAGAACAAAAUCCAAGAGAUGCUGGCAAUAUGUGUUUGGAGUUGGCCCUAGAAGGUGAACGAUUGUGUAAAGCUGGAGAUUGUAGAUCAGGGGUAGCGUUUUUUCAAGCCGCUGUUCAAGCAGGAACAAAUGAUUUGCGUACCCUCAGUGCCAUUUAUAGCCAAUUGGGAAAUGCUUAUUUUUAUUUGGCCGAUUAUCCAAAAGCAUUACAUUUUCAUAAACUAGAUUUAGCUUUAGCAAGAACUUUAGGAGAUAAGCCAGGUGAAGCUAAAUCCAGUGGAAAUCUUGGAAAUACAUUAAAAGUAAUGGGAAAUUUUGAUGAAGCUAUGAUAUGUUGUAAACGUCAUUUAGAAAUUGCUAGAGAACUUGGAGAUAAAUUAAGUGAAGGUAGAGCAUUAUAUAAUUUGGGUAAUGUAUAUCAUGCGAAAGGAAAGCAUAUCGGUAGAGUUGGUCAACAGGAUCCUGGAGAAUUUCCCGAAGAAGUUAAAGUUUGCAUAGAACAAGCUGUUAAAUACUAUGAAGAAAAUUUGAAACUUAUGAAAGAGCUAAAUGAUCGUGCAGCUGUUGGCCGAGCAUGUGGUAAUUUAGGUAAUACUUAUUAUUUAUUGGGUAACUUCAAAGAAGCUAUUCAGUACCACGAAGAGAGAUUAAAAAUUGCACGAGAAUUUGGUGAUAAAUCAGCUGAGAGAAGAGCCAAUAGCAAUUUAGGAAAUUCCCAUGUUUUUCUUGGAGAGUUCGAAGAAGCUGCUGAUCAUUAUAAGAGAACAUUAGUGCUUGCUCAAGAAUUAGAAGAUCGAGCAGUAGAAGCUCAGGCAUGUUAUAGUCUUGGAAAUACGUAUACAUUGUUGAGAGAUUAUAACACGGCAGUGGAUUAUCAUUUGCGACACUUGGACAUCGCACAAAAAUUACAUGAUAGAAUUGGUGAAGGAAGAGCCUGUUGGAGUUUAGGAAAUGUAAAUUUGGCACUUGGGAAUCAUGAAAAAGCAUUGUAUUUUGCUUCAAAACAUUUAGAAAUUUCCAAAGAAAUUGGUGAUACAGUUGGUCAGGCAACUGCACAAAUCAAUAUAGUGGACAUAAAGAAAUCUUUGGGUAUGUCAAAUGGUCAGCUUUCACCCGAAAGCAAAGAAUUGUUGGAAACUAUUUCCAAUACCCAACCAUCACCUCAGUUACGACGUUAUCGGUUAACUCCAGAUAAUAAAGGAAAGACUACAAAUUCGAAUGAUAAAGUUUAUCAAUCUGGAACAUCAGUAGCCAAAAAGAAUGAUAAAACAGAAGAUGAUCCAUUCUUUGAUUUGUUAUCACGGUUCCAAGCUGGACGAAUGGAUGAUCAGCGCUGCACUCUAGGUUCUUCCAGAAAUUCAGAGGAUAAAGAAAACCAAAAUUUAAAUAAACAACAAACUGCUCAUAUUGGUCUACACGCUGAAAGUCAAGAUGAUUUACUUGAUAUGAUUGUUGGUAUGCAAAGUAAACGUAUGGAUGAACAAAGAGUAGAAUUGGAACAACUUCCUGGCAUUGCUAAACCAGAAAACGAACAGCAGCCCGAUGAUAAUUUCUUAGAAUUGUUGAUGCGAUGUCAAGGAGAAAGAUUAGAAGACCAACGCAGUGAGCUACCUGUGAGUACUAUUAGUAGUGAUGGUGAAUCCCAACGGACACCAAAUCGAGGUCCAACGGUACCAGAUGAAGAUUUCUUCACCCUUAUCAUGCGUUUACAAUCAGGUCGGAUGGAAGAUCAACGAGCAAGUGUACCUAUGUCUAAACGAAAUUAAAAAAGGAUUAAGAUUUCGUUGCUUACAAAUGUAAUUACUUGUUAGAUCAGGCAAUUUUUAUUAAAUAACAUUACAAACAAACAAAUAUAAUGUGUUAAAAUACCUAAAAUUGUUAUAUAUGUAACUAUUUUUGGUACUGUUUUAACAAUUUAUUGUAAUCUAUAAAAUAUACUUAUAGAAUUUAAGUAAAUGUUUAUUGUAAAAAUAAUAUUUUUAUUUAUUAGGUCUUAGGUUUUAAUCAAAGAUGAGAUGUUAAUUAUAUUUAGUACACCUAAAAAUGUAUGACCGAAUAUACUUUAUUACAAUCUAUAUUUUUAACAACUAAAAUGUUCUAUUAUAUUUU